CGAUUUUUCUCCCAUCCUUACGUUCGUAUCAAACUCACACUUGCCAUCGUGAGAAGCGGUGUAGUGCGAAAAAAAUAGAAAUGGCCUCCUUGUGUAGACAAAUUGUUCGCGGAAAUGCCCUUAAAAGUGUUUUAUUUUCCACUGCUCGACGGGGAUACGCUGAUAAAAUGAUGGUAGACCCCAUGGAACACGCAACUGGUCUGGAGAAGAAGGAAUUGCUGGCGAUGCAGGCUGGUAACGACGAUCCCUUCAACAUGAAAGUGCUGAAGAAGGCCGCAGGCACAAGGGACAACCCCACACUGGUGCCCUCAUGUUUCGACGCCCGAAUUGUUGGUUGCAUAUGUGAAGAACACUCAACUAGCAUCAACUGGCUCUGGGUACACAAGGACCAUCCCCGCCGUUGCGAGUGCGGACACUGGUACAAAUUGAUCGAGAAGACGCCUCUGUAAAAUCAAGUUACACUUAGUUAUCAAUUAGUAGUGUUUAUUAUCUGCAAUGAAUGUACGCAUCGACCCGCGCACAGCAUUUCGUUCUUUGAUCUAUGAUUCCUGUUUGACAUUAACUGUCAGUUAGAUACAUUAUUGAACGAAAGCAAGAAAUCAUUAAAAUAAUUGUAAGCAUACUUACCAGUGUUUCAUUGAAGUGUUACCUACAUGCAGUUGUUUGUUAAUGGGUAUUUAAUUUUAUGUAGCUAUUAAAUAUUUAAUCGGA